AUGACUCGAACGGAAGUUGACAAUAUUCAACGGGAAAUAAUGAAAAGACGCGGGAACUUUAAAUUAGAGAUGUUCAAACAAAAUCGGCUGGCGGGUACUUUUCAAAAUGGAAAAUCCACACCACAUAUUGUAAAACAGCGAAUUAUUAACAAGUACGCACAAGGUAUUUCGGUUUCUAGAAUCAGCAAAGAUUUGCAAAUAACCGAACGUGGUGUCAGAAAAAUAGUAACAACAUUUGCAGAAAGCGGAAGAAUAUAUCCUAAAUUGCAUGUUGGUUGCGCUCAUUAUAAAACAACAGAUAACGUGUUGCAACAUAUUGAAUUUAUAAAAACGCAAAAGGCCAGCACGUAUGGAAGAGAAAUUCGAGAUAGACUUUUAGAUCUUGGGGUAUGUGAUAUUGAUACAGUUCCUUCUCGACAGACAAUAUCUCAUGUUUUACGCCACGAACUAGGUUUCACGAGGAAGCGUUUGACAACAGUACCUGAGGAAUCACUGACAGAUGCUGCGCAAGCAAAACAAAUUGAUUAUUUGAACGAAAUAUCAGAUUUUCCGGCACGAAAUAUCCAUUUUAUGGAUGAGUCAAGUGUAGACAGAACAACAGGAAAUCGCACAUACGGUCAUUCACUUUCAGGCGAUCCAACAGUUGAAAUUUGUUGUUACAGCUCAAACAAAAAAUUCACAAUUAAUUUGAUAUGCGGAUACUUUGGCGUGGAUCAUUAUGAUAUUAUUGAAGGUGCUUCUAAUGGUGUAGAGCUUUUGCAGUUCAUUGCAGAGGCUCUCGAACAGACAUAUGAAAAUGGCAAUCUAAAGAUUGAUGCAGGAGAUGUCCUAGUUAUGGACAAUUGCGGUUUUCAUCACGCUAGACAUGUUCAACCUUACUUACGGGAAAUGCUUCUCCAACACGGAGUUACCCUAGUUUACCAACCGCCCUAUAGUCCUGAACUUAACCCGUGCAAAUAUAUCUUUAAUCAUAUGAAACACCUAUUACAAAACAACGAAAGCUUUACAUCAAAGUUUACUGAACUAGCUAUGGUACAUGCUAUGGAAUUGAUCACCCCAGCUCUUUGUUCAGCAUUCUUUAGAAAAUGCGGGUACACUGUUUGA